GAACAAAGGAAGCUGCCAUUCAUUAGAGCUCCAAGAGGCACAAUGGAAGUACAUGGGAGGAAGCAAAUGAAUAAAAAAAACAACACUAGUGCCAACAAUCGCAAAAAUAGCACUGGCAAUAACAAUAAUAAUAACACUAUAAGCAAAAAGAGCAAUACGAUCCAACGUCAUAGUAUUGAUACUGUUAGUGGCGCUCUUCACAAAAGUGAUAAUGAUCGUGGAAAUACUCCUAACAAUGCCGAGGCUUCCGCUUCCUCCUCGGCUAUGUCUGUGGUUCACACCAGUCCUGUCAACGAAGCCCAAGGAAUACGUCAUCAUAAUCAGAAACAAACCACUAGUAAGCUUUCAGUUCAAUAUGAAUCAGUCACGACAGCCUCCUACGUUGAAAACGACCUGAGGCAAGCAUCCAGUUCUGUACUGGGGCCAAAACCAGGGAUAGCUCUAGGAGCAAAGGCAGAACCAGAGCCAGCUCCAGAAUCAGAAGUAGAGUCAGAGUUAGAGUCAGAGUCAGAGUCGGGGUCAGAGUCUGGGUCUGGGUCUGGGUCAGAGUCAGAGUCAGAGUCAGAGUCAGGGUCAGAGUCAGAUUUUAAUCUGCACCAAGCAGUAGAGUCGGAAGAAGAUGAAGAGGAAGGCACGGGAAUAUACUCUGCCAACAACGACAACGACAAUAGCAAUGACAUCGCCAGUGACAAUGAUAACAACGAUAACAACGGCAAUAAUAAUGAUGGAAAGGAAGCAGCGCACCCAAUGCCUGGGGAAAAGGCGAAGGCGCUGCCCUCUGCUAAGAUAACGUUAAAGGGGGACCUGUGGAGGAUCAGUAUGAAAUAUUAUGGUGGAUGGAAAACGGGCGAGGAUGCGAUGCUGAAAUUGUUUGUUUCCCACAUUAAAAUCGGUAUGGACGAUCCUCAAAUCACUCGCGCGGGUUAUUUAAAACAUUUACGUCUCAUUGCUGCUGAACCACCAAAAAUCACAAAGUUCGAAGAACAGCUCCCGACUUAUGAGGAAAAAGACCGGUUUAACUUCAGAAGGCAGCCGCUACAACAAAAGUCGCGCGACCGAUCUGUGGAUUACAACCAUCAAUACGACUGGAUGAGCCCAAGAGCUUUGGUACGACAGUACCAUGAUAAGAUACAGCAACAGGUGGAGUUGUUGAAAGAUAAAAUCAACGAAACUUUGUUCAACAACACAUUUCAACAGUCCUGCUGUGAAAAAUGUGCAGGGGAGGAAUUUAUAGUAGAGGGCAAUGUCACAUUUUGUCCAGGCUGUCAAAACAAGAUUGGUAAGAGCUAUUACUCCUUUGACGGCCAGAAACGCACUACUCUCAAAAGAGCUACGAAAAAAAUAAAUGAAUUGACUCAAAGAGGCGUGGCGGCCUGGAAUUUCGGUCGCAAGGCACAUCGCACUAAGACAUGGUAUUGUUAUUGGUGUGGGUACAAACUCCCGAAAGUCCUUAAGGAAUUUUUGAAAACGUUCAGUUGGGCACGUGUGGAUAUCGAGGGUGUCGGGAUGAUGCCAGCUCUUUAUCCAUACGAUCAUGAGCAAAACAUCCUCUGUUAUCAUUGCGCGGCGGAAUGUGGCGCUUUGCUAAAGGAGAAAAGGCGGUUCCAGAGAUUGUAUGAAUUGACCGCAAAAACUUUGCCCCAUGGAUGCGGGUAUUGUGGGGCCCGUGAUUCUUUCAAAUUCCAGCUGUCAAUCGAUCGCAUUGGUGACCUGUGUUAUGCCUGCAAUUAUUAUAAGCAAAUAAACGGCAUUGAUCGUGAACUUCCUCCAUACACUCCUCUUGAGCUCGACAACAUUGUCCGGGCAAUUGUUGACAAUUCGGAUGAAGCUGGAAUUCACUGGGAUAGAGUUGCCAACAAUUUCUAUGCAAAUCCGAAUUUCGAGAUAGCAGCGCAUGGUAUACUCAACCGUUGGAUACACAAUGUUAAAGAACCAAACGCACCAGUAUUUACAACCUAUAUUCUCCUUCAACACAACCAUCUGACACGCCGAAGCCAAGAUUGGGAAUUAUAUACUUGUAACGCUCGAAAUCCAACCCAAGCGGCACUCUAUUUUGCUAGGUUCGUAGCUCUGUAUAAGAAACGACCCAUGACUUAUUUGUAUAUUCGGCAACUGGAAGAGUGGAACGUUCCAGAGCCACGCAUCGAUGCAUGGGAGGAUUUGUCUUCAGGAUUGCAGACAUUUGAGCAGCUCAAAAAUCGUAUCCGAGCCAGCCUUUAUAAAGCUACAAAGGGAGACUGCGAUCUUUAUUCUAAGAAAUAUCAGGCUAAUCCGAAUAAAGGAGCAAAAAAAUAUAAAAAGACAGGGACAGUAGCAGCAUCAGCGGCACCAACGGUAAUACCAACGGCAAUACCAGCGGCAGCAGCAACGGCAGCACCAACAGCAGCACCAACGGCAGCACCAACGGCAGACUCAGAAAUAGUAAUACGUCCUAUAACUUCGACAGAAAUGGCGCUUUCAGGGACAGCACAGGAUACAAUAAGUGUCAGAAAGAAAGGAAAAAAAAGUAAAAAAUCCAGGUUCUUCAGGGAUCCGACGAAAAAUCAACUGACUAGGCUAGAGGAAGCCAAGUUUAAUCUUGAAGCCGAUACCAACCGAUCCAUCAGCGCUUUAAAGAAGGAAACGACCCUUAGAAUAUCAAAAGAAGUACGAUAUUUAGACAGGCAUUACAAAGAAUGGAAGGGUGCUAUAAAAGAGUGGUUAGGCCAGGAGAAUGCGGGAUUGAUCAAUCAAAUACAUUGGGAUCGGGAAGCCAAAACUCGGGAUAUUGUCGAACGUAGGAUGUUGCAAGAUCUGCUCUUCUCUAAGCAUUUUGAAGAGCAGUAUGGUCAAUUUGAGACCCAGAUCUUGAAGGCGGAUCGACAGCGAAUGGGUAAAACUGAGUCCUCUGUCGCAGCAUUUAAUGAAUAUCGUCAGCAUCGACGAACCAGAAAGGCCAGAGCGCUGAUAAAGACGCUGCCAGAAAUCAUUGAGCAGUCUACGGGCCUGAUCCGCGGUCUCGCUGGGUUUGUUCCCCUGAAUCCACCAGAACCCCGUACAAAACAACUCCCAGCAUGGGCUCAAGAAAAUGCUCGGGAGAUUGUACGGAAGACAGUCAAUGACAAUCGAUUGCUUCAUCUUCGCCAACGCCACCAAUUGUACGAGAGAGUCAGAGAGCUGGAGGAGGACUUACGUGAAAGAGACACGAGAAAAACCCAGGAAAAGGAUGAGGAACGUGUUUUUCAUACAUACCUAUGCAAAGAGAAACCAAAUCCUGUGGAGCAAAAGAUUAAAAGCAUGGCUCGCGAGAUCCAUGAACUUUCACAGAAGUUGGGACAUGCAUCACGUACCCUAGACGAUUGUAUGCGAUUGGCAUACGAGAUUUAUUACGACAAAGAGGCAUUCAAGUGCAAGACUGAAGAUGUGGAAUGGCUAAAAGUGUUGCAUGCUAUUUCCAAAGAUUCCAAACAAAAGUACGAGCUUCGGAUACCUGAUCCACUUAAAAUGCUUCGGCCAAGCACAUUACUGCAAAUAUUACCUCCGCGCCGAGAGAUGUUAGACGAUAGGACUGAUGAGCGACGCAUACACAUGGAAAAGUUCAUACAGAUGGAUCGUCUCCGGGCUUCCUCCAAAGAGUUAAAUCAACCUGUGGCGGUUGGUAUGAUGAAUUUUACACUCCCACUUGAGGACCUGCCUACCAUGUUCCCUCAGCGAGAAGAACUUCCAUCAGCGGAUGAUGUCAGAGCCACGCCGUCUGCAUUCUAUCCUGUUCACCUACUGCCACCUGAAUACCAAGUCCAUGUGUUUCAGUCUGUUCUCAUCCCAGAGACUCGCACAGCUAACAUUCGGUUGGUAAGAACUGAGCGAUAUAAACGUCAGGGGGACUGUGUCCAAGGCGGAGCACCAGUGACUGUGCCCAAAAUCAUUAACAGAGAGAAUAUGCGCGGGUUUUUCCGUGAGGCGGAUAGAGCAGAAAGAUAUCGAUCAGAACAUGCUCCAUUGGAGGUUGUCGUCAGAGGAACAGGCAAGAGAGGUAGGAGCCAAAAUAAUGAAAGACAUAGCGGUGUUGAAAUCUGGCAACAAACCUCUAGAUCUUGGCACGCUGGCUCUCAGACAAAGGCAGAGUCCAAGAUAGAGGAAAAGGUAGUCAAAAAGCGUAAAGUCGAAAGUGGGGAUGUCAAUAAUCACGACAACGCCAAUGGUAAUCAUGAAUACCAAUCAUCGCAAGAACAUGAUGAAGUGAAGCAACAAGAGCAGCAAGCUGAAUGGGACCUUGGUGAUGGUAUACAUCGGGUCGAACACAAUAAUUGGGAAUAUUAUGUCAAGAACCUCUAUUAUCUUGAUGAAACUACGGCGUUUGAAAACAUGGAUAUACUGAAGAAUAAUUCGCAGCAAGCCAAAGCACAGAUGCGAGCAGAUUCACCAGAAGAGACAGAAAUAGCCAGGAGGAUUGCUAUAUUACGCACGAUCGACAUUUUGAACGCAUAUUCCAACUAUGGCAGCACUCCUGCAUCCAGAGCAUGGGCCGUGUCACUGUUGAAGGCGUUUAGCCAGAGAUAUGGUCAAGGAGAAGACAGAGAUAUGGUACAGACAAGUGAUACUGGUGGCGAUGGCAUUGUCAAUAAUUCUGAACGCUCUUUCAGUGGUAGAAAGGGCAGGUCAAAUGGGAACGGCUUGAGCGAUGAUGAUGAUGAUUAUGAUGACGAUAGCGAUGAUUCUAGUGAGAGCGAAGAAGAUCUAAGAGAACGAAAUAAGGAGGAGGAAGAGGAGAAGGAGAAGGAGGUGAAAGAGGCGGCGGAGGAAAGGUUAAAGCUCAUUGGAAGGGUCUGCAGGCUUUUAGAAAGAGAAUGGGAUAAGAGGUUGAUAACCACCAGGUGGGCGAAAGAUCGUCGAGAGGAUCGUACUGACGAGACAGAGGAAGAAGAUCGAUGGAAUCAAGAGACCUUUGAUUACAAGUUUAAGUUUAAAUAGCGGAUCUUGUGCUUUUCCCAUUUCUUUUUCUGAAUAAAAAUGAAACUGCUGAU